AUUCAUUUCAUUAAACCAUGAGUACUUGUUCUGAAUCAGGUCCACCACAAGAAGCCCUUUUCUUUGUCUUAGCUUUUCUUCCUGUUUUUGAGCUUGUUUCGAUGAGUCAAGUCUGCAAAUCACUUAGGGAUGCUAUAAACAAUAAUAUGCCAUGGCUUAGCGUAGUAGUCGAACCGCCUUUGAACAAGGGUCUUUCAGAUGAUAUUCUGAUGAAGGUUACGUCGAAAGCAAAUGGCCGGCUAAGGGUUCUGUCUCUGAAGAACUGCGUGAAAGUUACUGAUGAGGGACUUCUGAAGGUUGUAGAGGAAAAUCCCUUUAUCUCCAAGCUCUAUACUCCAGGCUGCACAAGCAUAACACCGGAGGGAUUGAUCGAAGCAGUGAAGUUGCUAACAAAAAACAAUCACAGCCUAAAGAGUAUAAAAAUCAAUGGCAUCAACAACAUGAAAAAAGAAGACCUUGAAACGCUUCACAAUUUAAUGGAUUUGGACCGAACACAACAGAAGAAAGGGAAGAUCUUAUAUCAUGAGCACAAGAAAUGCUCAAGCCUUGGACAUGAAGAAAUUGAUCGCUCCAUAGAUGUAGAUGUUUGUCCCAAGUGUUCUUCAGUACGAAUGGUUUUCGAUUGCCCUGGAGAUUUCUGUCCGAGGAAGCAGCAGCAUUGGACAAUUGAAUGUAGGGGAUGCGACAACUGCAUUCCAAGGUGUGAAGAGUGUGGCAUUUGUAUUACUGGUCAAGAACUCGCAGAGGCAGCUUUUGCAGACGCGUUGUGCUUAGAGUGUUGGCUGCAGCUCCCGGAAUGCAAUUUCUGUAACAAGCCAUAUUGCAACCAACAUGCCCAUCAGGGCUGUUGCAAAUUUUCUGGCUCUUCUGGAUUUGUCUGCACUGCUUGUCAUGCAAAGCUCUCCUGAAAACUCCCACCGAGGCGAUUUGAUGAUGUUAUGUAAACGUUCUAUGAAAAAGGAUAUUGUUACAUUGAGUCCUCACUUGGCUCUAAGCAGUGAGAAUUUGAGCCACAUUGUGACUUGAUACAACAUCAAUUUUCCAAAUUCGAGUCCUGCAUUUAUGUUA